UGCCAGUGCAAUCUCUCAUGUGUCAUGCUGUUCUCUCCUAGAAUCACUCGAAGAUGAAUUCUUUCUAUUUCUUUUUCACAUAUGACCUGAAUUAUCUUCCGAGAGGAAUGUACUUGAGGGGAGAACAGGGGCAGCCUUAAGAAUCAGAUGGCAGUGCCUCUCCAAACUUUUCUUUUUUUCACUGUCUUUUACUCCUCUCUUCAGUCUUCACAAGAACAAACAAGGGGUUAAAAGGGAAAGGUAGGAAAACAACAUAACUCAAAAAGCAAAGUGCAAAAGCAAGCAUGGCUCAGCUUGCUUUGAUUCUACUCUCCCCCUCCAUUAGGUCCUUCAAAAGCACAGCAGAAUCAGCCAAAGCAAAAGAAGCGCCAGAACAGAACAAGAAGCAAGAAUACCGCAACAGGGACUGACACAAAUCCUGCUGCUACUUCCCCACAUUAUAAUAUGCGGUCACGUUGCCCAGCCGCAGCGUUGCAUCGCAUUUGCGCCACCCCAUCCCCAUGAGAAGAAGCUCUUAGAAGAGCAGCAGCAGUGCAAGUGUUGUGAAGUGAGGCGGCAGGAGAGAGGAAGGAGGAGGAGGCCGCGGAAGAAGACGACGCUGCGCGCCGGCGGCCAGCGGUUGUCAUGACAAGGCCGGCGGGGUCCGUGAGGCGGGCGGCGGCGGCAGCAUUGGCCAUCUUGUUUGGAGCGCUUGUGUUGAUGGCGUUGGUCAUGGACGACGGGGAGAAAGCGGCUCUCUCGGCGAGCAACGCGGCGAUCGGCGGGAGGAGGAUGAUGCUCAGAGCAGAUGGAGAGCAGAGGACUCUAGAGGAUUUCAGAGCUGAUGGUCCCUUCCAGGACAGCAAGAGGAGGGUGCCUAAUGGCCCUGAUCCCAUCCACAACAGGGGAACCGGCAAGUCCGGCCGAUCGCCUGGCCGAGCAUGACGGUGAUGGCACGGAUGUCGAGGCGCGGAAGCUUCUGAAGAGGCGGACAUGUGUGGAGCAUCAAACAGAUGGUGUGGCAUUGCAAGGAGGAAGAGGAACAGACAAGAGGUGCAUUGUGGUGGGUCUGUGGCUGGAAUGUGGGGUGUAACUAGGGGGAGGUGGCCUAUCUUCUUCUAAGCACUGCUAUUUAAGACAGUUUUAAGCAUGAUGAUAACUUUAACUUUUUUGGGGGGAAAACAAAGGCUAUUCUAUUCUACCAGUGGGAGUUUUUUUUUUGUAAAGAGAGCAGUAAGUAUCAAGCUUCCCUCUCACAUGGAAACAAGCAAGCAUCAAAGAUUCUUGGCAAAGGGAUGUGGGCAAGAGCUCCUCCUCUCUC